AUGAGUGGCCGCGCUGCCAAGGAGAUGCUCAGCACUCACAGCAGCCCUCUCCUGGCGGAGCGCCUGCCCAGCAGAUACAAACUCUACAAAGAGUCAGAGCUCACCAGCCCCAGCUGGCCCUCCAGCCCCCAGGACACGCACCCAGCUCUGCCCCUCCUGGAAAUGCCUGAAGAAAAGGAUCUCCGGCCACCCAGUGAAGACAGCCACAUUGUGAAGAUUGAAAAAACCAGUGACAGGAGUAAAAGGAGAGAAAGCAAGGUGGCCCAUCGAGGCUCAGCCCACCAGGAAGGCAUCAGCCUCUUCCAAGCAGUGGGCUACCUCACAGGCGAAAUGAAGGAGUGCCGGAACUGGCUGAAAGACAAGCCACUGGCAUUCCAGUUCACCGACUGGGUCCUGAGGGGGACCGCUCAGGUGAUGUUCGUCAACAACCCUCUGAGCGGACUUGUCAUCUUUGUUGGGCUCCUGAUCCAGAAUCCCUGGUGGACCAUUGCCGGAGCACUGGGGGCAGUGGUCUCGACCUUAACUGCCCUCGCCCUGAGCCAGGACAGGUCAGCCAUCUCCUCAGGACUCCACGGGUACAACGGGGUGCUGGUGGGACUGCUGAUGGCCGUGUUCUCCAAGAAACUAGACUACUACUGGUGGCUUCUGUUUCCUGUGACCUUCACAGCCAUGGCCUGCCCAGUUCUUUCUAGUGCCUUGAAUUCCAUCUUCAGCAAGUGGGACCUCCCUGUCUUCACGCUGCCCUUCAACAUCGCCGUGACCCUGUACCUGGCAGCCACAGGCCACUACAACCUCUUCUUCCCCACGACACUAGUGGAACCCGUGUCCUCAGUACCCAAUAUCACCUGGACAGAGAUUGAAAUGCCCUUGCUGCUACAAGCCAUCCCUGUCGGGGUCGGCCAGGUGUACGGCUGUGACAAUCCCUGGACAGGUGGCGUGUUCCUGGUGGCUCUGUUCAUUUGCUCGCCACUCAUCUGCUUGCACGCCGCCAUUGGCUCCAUCGUGGGGAUGCUGGCAGCCCUGACAGUGGCCACACCCUUCGAGAACAUCUACCUGGGCCUCUGGAGCUACAACUGCGUGCUGUCCUGCGUCGCCAUCGGGGGCAUGUUCUACGCCCUCACCUGGCAGACCCACCUCCUGGCCCUCGUCUGCGCCCUGUUCUGUGCAUACGUGGGAGCCGCCCUCUCCAACAUAAUGUCAGUGGUUGGAGUACCGCCAGGAACCUGGGCCUUCUGCCUCUCCACGCUCACCUUCCUGCUCCUGACGACCAACAACCCUGCCAUCUACAAGCUCCCUCUCAGCAAAGUCACCUACCCAGAGGCCAACCGCGCUUACUACCUGACGGUGAAAAGCAGUGAAGAGAAGUCCCCCAGCGGCAGCGGUGGGCAGCAGCCAGCCACAGCGAGCCCCAAGGCCGACGAGAGCUCAGAGGCCGUGCUCCCCAAGCCCAGGAGUGUGUUCCACAUCGAGUGGCCAUCCAUUCGGAGAAGGAGCAAAGUCUUUGGAAGAGGCGAACACCAGGAAAGACAAGCCAAAGACCCGUUUCCCUAUCAAUACCGGAAGCCCACAGUCGAGUUACUGGAUCUGGACAUCAUGGAGGAGAGUGUGGAGAUCAAGGAGGAGGCCAACAUGCCCAAGACCUCCUGGAUUCAGAGUUCCCUGGCCACCAGUGGCAAAAGAGUCAGCCGAGCCCUCAGCUACAUCACAGGAGAGAUGAAGGCCUGUGGAGAGGGACUUAAAGACAAGUCCCCGGUGUUCCAGUUCCUGGACUGGGUGCUGCGGGGCACGUCUCAGGUGAUGUUUGUGAACAACCCCCUCAGCGGCAUCCUCAUGGUCCUCGGCCUGUUCAUCCAGAACCCCUGGUGGGCCCUCUUGGGCUCCGUGGGCUCCGUGGUGUCCACUUUGACAGCCCUCGUCUUGAGUCAGGACAAGUCAGCCAUCGCCGCAGGCCUCCAGGGGUACAACGGGGUGCUGGUGGGGCUGCUGAUGGCCGUGUUCUCAGACAAGGGCGACUACUACUGGUGGCUCCUGCUCCCUGUCAUCAUUAUGUCCAUGUCCUGCCCCAUCCUCUCCAGUGCCCUGGGCACCAUCUUCAGCAAGUGGGAUCUCCCUGUCUUCACGCUGCCCUUCAACAUCGCCGUGACCCUGUACCUGGCAGCCACAGGCCACUACAACCUCUUCUUCCCCACGACACUGCUGCAACCUGCCUCCUCCGUGCCCAACAUCACCUGGUCUGAGGUCCAGGUGCCCUUGCUCCUGAGAGCCAUCCCUGUUGGAAUUGGCCAAGUGUAUGGCUGUGAUAACCCCUGGACCGGAGGCCUCUUCAUCAUAGCUUUGUUCAUUUCUUCACCUCUCAUUUGCUUGCACGCUGUGAUUGGAUCCGCCAUAGGCAUGUUAGCAGCGCUCACCAUCGCCACGCCCUUUCACUCUAUCUACUUGGGCCUGUGUGGCUACAACAGCGCCCUGGCCUGCAUCGCCAUCGGAGGCGUGUUCUAUGUCAUCAACUGGCAGACGCAUCUGCUCGCCGUGGCCUGUGCACUGUUCACGGCCUACCUGGGUGCUGCCCUGGCUAACAUGUUUUCUGUGUUCGGACUGCCACCCUGCACCUGGGCCUUCUGCCUCUCGGCACUCACCUUCCUGCUCCUGUCGACCAACAACCCCACCAUCUACAGGCUCCCUCUCAGCAAAGUCACCUACCCAGAGGCCAACCGCGCCUACUAUCUGUCCCAAGAGAAAAACAGAAGAGCAUCAAUCCUGACAAAGUACCAAGCUUACGACGUCUCCUAA